AUGCACCCACCACCCUCGCGCUGCUCAAACUCGCGCCAUGAUGGCAAACGAGAACGAUUUCAACACCAACAACGAAAAGAUCAGAAUCAGAAUCACGUUUCUUCUUUGCGGCUCCCGAUUCAGAAACACGAGAGAGAGAUUUUGUAUCUCUUGGAACGACAUCAAGUGGUGAUAAUAAUAGGCCAAACUGGAUGCGGGAAAACCACGCAGAUCUGCCAAUACUUGAGAAAGGCGAAAUGGACCAUUCCUGGCGAGAAGAUGGUGUGCGUGACGCAACCGAGACGAGCGAGCGCGCAAACCGUUGCGAUGCGAGUGUGCGAGGAGAUUUUUGCUUCUAAUUCUUCUUCUUCUUCGCAACGGUGUUGUUUAGGCGGAACGGUGGGAGUGUCCGUGCGAUUUGAAACCAUGAAAUCAUCAGAGACGGAGAUUCUAUUCUGCACGGAUGGGAGUUUACUGAGAGAACUGUUGGAAGAUCCUUUGUUGCAAAAAUAUUCGGCGGUGAUGGUGGACGAAGCGCACGAGAGGAGUUUGAACACGGACGUGUUGCUGGGGUUGUUGAAGAAGGUGACGAGGAAGAGGAAAGAGUUGAGGGUAAUUGUGAGUUCGGCGACGAUUGAUGCCGAGGCGUUUCGGGAGUUUUUCCGCGCGGAAACAGAAGAAUUAGAAUUAGAGGAAGACGAAGAAGAAGAAGAGAAGGAGAAGAAGAAGAAGGGAAACGACGACGGGAAAUUUUCUUCCUCGUACGACCAACCGGCUAUUCUUAGCGUCGAAGGACGAAGGCAACAUCCAGUUCGAACGUUUUAUAGCGAAGAACCGGUGGCAAACUACAUAAAAGCAAGCGCGGAGUGCGCGAUGAAUAUAGUCCGGUUAGAUUUGCGGAAUAACCCGGGCGAUAUUUUGAUCUUCUUGACGGGAGAGAAGGAGGUGGAAGAGUGCGCGGAUAUCUUGGAGGAACAUUUGCUCUCGGAACGAUUGGAUAGAGAAGUUCUCGUUUGCCCGUUUUACGCGGGAUUAAAUAACGCGAAACAAGCGAGAGCGUUUCGCGCGCCACCGAGGAAUGCUCGCAAAAUUAUCAUAGCCACGAAUAUCGCGGAAACGAGCGUGACGAUUGAAGGCGUGAGUUACGUCGUCGAUUGCGGCUUUGUGAAAAUCAAAGCGUUCGAUUGCGAGAGGAAUUCGGAGACGUUACAAGUCGUGCGCGCGUCGAGUUCAUCGGCAAAGCAAAGAGCUGGGAGAGCUGGACGCGUUCGGCCUGGAACGUGCUUUCGUUUGUACCCUGAAAAAUAUUUUGCGAGUUUGGAUAAAACGUCCGCGCCGGAAAUAAUUCGCGCGGAUAUCGCCGGAACGAUUUUACAACUCAAAGCGUUAGGAAUCGAUAACAUCGCGCACUUUGAUUGGUUCGAAGCGCCGCCGGUAAAACACGUCGUCGUUGCGUUGGAACUUUUACACGCUUUGGGUGCGAUCGAUGACGACGCAAAGUUAACCUCAGUUGUUGGCGCUAAAUUAGCGGAGCUUCCGUUGGAACCAAAGCUAGGUAAAGCGUUGUUAGCCGGUUGCGAUUACGGGUGCGCCAAUGAAAUGCUCACAAUCUGUUCGUAUUUCUCGAUUGAAAACACGUGUUUUUUACCAGCGAGAGGAGGCACGACGUCGAGAAAUCUUCUGGACGAGGCAAAAGCGAAUUUUGCCGCUCGAGAAGGCGACGGUAUCACCUCUUUGAACAUUCAGAGAGGGUACGCGUGGAACGACCGCAAUCGUAGGGGAUUUUGCGAGGAAAAUUAUUUAAAUUUUCGCACCGUGCAACGCGUCCAAUCCGUUCGCGCGCAAUUGAAGAAACUCUUGACGCAAAGACUCGAUUGUAUGCUUAUUGACAAUAACAGAAGUAACGAUGAGGACAAAGAAAAAAAGCUCGAAUCGAUAUUGCGCGCGAUAUGCGCCGGUUUCUUCUCCAACGCGGCUACUUUGGCGCCGUACGGCGGCGGCGGAAGCGACGACGGCGCGGCGAAAUAUUUGACCAUUCGUAAUAAAAGGACGGUUUACGUGCACCAAAGUUCAAUACUCUACGGCGUGAGUAGUGGGUUACCGCAAGUGGUCGUGUACCAAACCGCCGAAGUGAAUAACGAAAAUAAAGAGUACAUUCGAAACGUAUCUUCAGUUGGAGAUUUGCGCUGGUUCAAAGACGUCGCCGGACACUAUUAUACCUUUUAA